AUGGAGGAAUACAAGGCCAAGUACGCCAUUCACGAGGCGUGUCGAGAAGGUCAAGUAUCCCGAGUCGACUCACUCCUCGCCGCAAAUCCAAAGCUUGCAAACCUGCGCGAUCCCGACGACCGUCUUCCCAUACACUGGGCUGUAUCCUACAACCACCUCCCGAUCGUGCAAUCCCUCAUUCAACUCAAGUCGUUUGAUCCCGAUGUCACGGAUGGCUCAGGCUGGACACCACUGAUGAUGGCAUGCUCACGGAAGGAUGCAGAGCAAAUUGUAGACCUCCUACUAUCCAAAGAUGCCGAUGUAAACGCGAAGAACAACAACGGUCAAACCGCCCUUCACUUUUGCGCGUCAAAAGUCAACCUCGAUAUCGCACGCACACUACUCGCGCAAAAGCCGCCAGCCUCAGCAAGGAUAAAAGACAAAAGAGGGCAGCUUCCGUUGCAUCGAGCGGCUGCGGUUGGAAGCGUGCCGGUGAUGAAGGCUCUUCUGGACGCCAAAAGUCCGCUGAAUGCAACCGAUAUGGAUGGCAUGACAGCCUUACACCAUGCCAUGUGCGAGGGUCAUGGAGACGCGGCGUUGCUACUGUUAACCAUGGGCGCCGAAUUCGACAAGCAGGAUAAUGAUGGCCAUAUACCCUUGCAGCUUGUGCCAGAUGCAAAGACGAGGAAAUUCAUCCUGCAGGCUGCGGAGCGGGAGGGCAUAGAUCUGCUAUAG